AUGCAUUUCGCUAUUAUAUUUCUAGUAUUACCAAUUUUUGGUAUAACUGUAAAAAAUAAUCUAAAUAUUAUAGAGAAUCAAGAUACAACACUUGAAAGAAAUGGGAAAUUUAUUGGAUUUUGGGGACUUGGAUUUGGUGUCGGCGUAGUUAGAUUUGCCAAUAAUGCCUGUAACAGUUCGAGUAGCCUUGUUGGUACUUGUUAUACAAAAAGGCAAUGUGCUGAUAUUGGGGGUAUAGCAUCCGGAAGUUGUGCAAGUAAUAUUGGUGUAUGUUGCGUAAUUCAACUUGGCUGUGGGGCAACAUCUUCAUACAACAACACAUACUUUGUCAAUACAAAUUUUCCAUCCACAGUAACCGGAACGGGUAGUGAUCGUUGCGUUUACACAAUAAAGCAAUGUAACUCAGAUAUUUGCCAAGUUCGAAUCGAUUUUAUUAGUGCCACGCUUGCUCAGCCUGACGGCGAUGGAAAUUGUAGAGACGAUAGCUUAACCAUAAUCGGGGGAGGAUCUCAAGUACCCGUUUUAUGUGGUGAAAAUACCGGUCAACACGUUUAUGUCGAUUUUUAUCAAAGUCAAGACAUUCAAAUCAUCGUAACAACGUCUGCUGCUCAAGGAAGCAAUCGUAAUUGGAAUUUUAAAGUGACUCAAAUCGGUUGCGAUUGUCCCACAAAAGCACCUUCUGGAUGUCUUCAAUAUCAUACGGAAUUAAGUGGAACCGUUCAAAGUUUUAAUUACGGUUCUACAGGAAGUAGUAGUUUAAAUAGUAUUGGUGCAGUCGGAACCAGACAAUUAGUUAAUCAAAAUUACGGAAUUUGCGUAGCAAUGAGACCAGGCUACUGUUCGAUAACGUGGACACCAUCAAGCAUGUCAUCAUUUACCGUUUCUGGGGACACUGACGGAGUUCAAAUGUUAAUUGGAACUCCGGCUGCUGGAAUUAUGGGAGAAAAUUGUACCAGCGAUUUUGUCGUUAUUCCAGCGCCAUUCGUUAAUAAUGUUCUUCAAAAUUACGACCGGUUUUGUGGAAAUUAUUUUCCUCCUGUUACAACUUAUUCAAAACCGUUUGUAUUAACUGUGUACACCAAUGGAAAUGAGACGAAUGAUGUUGCUAAUCGUGGAUUUUCUUUGAAUUAUCAGCAAAAUAGGUGUACGAUGUUAACUAAUAUUGAAAUGGUUGGAUAA